UUAGACAAGAAAGAAAAUGAUCGUGAUGGGUUUCAGACAGCGUCACAAACUUCUCUAUAAGUAGACAAAGCUUUCCUUGAAACUCCAAACCCGAGCGCUUAGCAGUGAGCACUGUGCCUUUUAGCAAUCCAAAGCCAAACCCUCUAUCUCUCUCUCCCUCUCCCCCUUCCAAGGUUAGCCUCUGAGAUUUCACCUCACCAUAUACCAAGCGAGUAGGUGAUUUGGGAAGCUAAAAUGGGGAUACUGUCAAGAUCUAUUUUGGGAUUUCUAUUAUUAUGCUGCUUGAUAGUUGCUGGUGAAGCAGAAUACCUGAAAUACAAAGACCCCAAGAUGCCAGUAGGUGCAAGAAUCAAAGACUUGAUGAAAAGAAUGACAUUAGAAGAAAAGAUUGGCCAAAUGGUGCAGAUCGAGCGCACUGUUGCCACUCCAGAUGUCAUGAAGCAGUAUUUCAUUGGGAGUGUGCUGAGUGGAGGAGGGAGUGUGCCAGGACCAAAGGCCUCAGCAGAGGCUUGGGUGAACUUGGUUAAUGGGAUCCAAAAGGCGUCUUUAUCAACCCGUCUUGGAAUUCCUAUGAUUUAUGGAAUUGAUGCUGUUCAUGGCCAUAACAAUGUCUACAAUGCCACGAUUUUCCCUCACAAUGUUGGGCUUGGAGUGACCAGGGAUCCUCAGCUAGUCAAAAAGAUUGGUGAAGCAACUGCUCUUGAAGUUAGAGCUACAGGAAUCCCUUAUGCCUUUGCUCCGUGUAUCGCGGUUUGCAGGGAUCCAAGAUGGGGUCGCUGCUAUGAAAGCUAUAGUGAGGAUCAUAGGAUUGUUCAGUUAAUGACUGAGAUUAUACCUGGUUUACAAGGAGAGUUACCUGCCAAUUCCAAAAAGGGUGUUCCCUUUGUUGCUCCUGGAAAGUAAGUGACAUCCCAACAAAUGCUUUCUUCAACU